AUGAGGCCAUCGAUGGAUAUCCCUGCGACAGGGGCCAUCACUCCACCGGAAGAUUCGAUGGAGUUAGGAGACUCAUUGAAGGGAAGAUUGACACCUUUCAACAAAGAGCCCCCUAGUCCGUCAACUGAGAGCGAGAACGGAAUGGAGGGAAUCUGGCAACAAGUGGCCGAUCAAUGCCACUGCUCCCUGGACGAGAUCGAAGACGUAUAUGCCUGCACCGCCCUCCAGGAGGCAAUGAUAGCUCUCACUUUUCGAAAUCCAAGAGCAUACACCAUCGAACAUGAAUACUCUCUGCCGCGAGAGAUUGGCCACCAUGAUCUGAAAGAGGCCUGGAUUAGGACAGCCCAAGCCAACCCGAUAUUGAGGACUCGUAUGAUUCCAACUAGUCAGCACGGUUGUGUGCAGGCAGUGGUGCGAGGAUCAAUUCCAUGGGAGGUUCAGGAGACCGAUGACGGCGUAAAUGGUGAGAUUGCCAACCCUUCAUGGCGAGCAGGGGCUCCGCUGGCGUAUUUCAUCUUCAAUGUCACCGAACAUAAGCUGAAAGUGACAAUUCAUCAUUCUAUUUGCGACCACUGGUCUAUGGCAUUGUUGUUGCGUCAAGCCGCCGCCGCCUACAGAGGCAAGGAACUGUCUUUCCACCCCUUUCGGCCUCUAGUGGAUCAUGUACAGCGGACCCAAGACAAAUGCAAUGCUUUCUGGAAAUCCAAGUUCAGUGAUGCCCACGAGGCCACGAUGAGGUCGUUUCCUCAACUACCAACAGCGGGUCAUGCUGCCAGACCAACAAAAAGACUAGAGAGGUCUUUUAGCAUUGAAUGUGCCAAAAGUUCCUCCAGCACUGUCGGAACCAAGAUUCGAUUGGCGUGGGCGAUCCUGCAAUCGGUCUAUACUGGCUCUGACGACACAUUAUUUGGAGCAGUCAAUGCCGGUCGCGCAGUGUCUGUUGCGGGAAUGCAAGACUUAAGCGGACCUGCACUCGCUAGCGUGCCGGUGCGCAUCAAUUUAUGCGGACGGAAUACCGUUGCAGAUGCCUUGAUUGCAGUACAGGAUGAUUGGGCAGCAUCCAUGGAGUUCGAGCAUGUCGGAUUGCAAAAUUUGCUUCGCCUUGGGCCUGGUCCAGCGGCUGCGUGUCAUUUCCAGACCCUGCUAUCUGUCGAGCCUCGAGAUGGCCAUGACCUUCCCGACUUAUUCUCCCAGAGUCGAUCAACCCAAUUGACGUAUGAUAUGUAUCCUUUAAUCCUCCGAUGUCGCCCCUCCGCCACAACAAUGUCUAUUGAGGCUACUUUUGAUCCGGCAGUAAUCGAGCCCUUCCAAAUGGAGCGAUUUCUCUUCCAAUUCAUUCAUAUUUAUGAGCAGAUCGACACUAAACCGGGCCUAAGUCUUUCCAAUAUCAGUGUCGUGAGCCCGGAAGAUUUGAACAAUCUCCGCCGCCAAAAUAUCUCGACAAAGCGUCCUCAGCUUAUUCCGUGUGUACAUUCUCUAAUUGAAAGUCGCACGCAACAGCAGCCAGAUGCCCUGGCCAUCAAUAGCUGGGAUGGCAGUUAUUCAUAUCUAGACCUUGAUAAAUUAUCUUCAGCUUGGGCCAGCUAUCUUUCCUGGAAGCGUGUUGGCUCUGGGUCUCUUGUACCGAUCCUCUUGGGAAAAACUAAGUGGAUGGCUGUCGCCAUGCUUGCUGUGAUGAAGACUGGUGCUGCUUUUGUGCUGCUAGACCCAUCACACCCACGGUCCCGAUUGCAGAAUAUGUGUGAAGCUAUUACAGCUCCCCUGGUAUUGACUUGCGGUAUGCAUAUUGAGCUGGCGGCCCAGCUUGGAGUUCAAGCGUUGCUCAACAUGGAUGAUUCUGGUUCAGAGCAACUGUAUUGCAAUAGUCCACCUCGGGAUUCUUCGGUCAGCCCACAGGAUCCCGUCUAUCUGACAUUCACCUCUGGAUCUACGGGGGCCCCCAAAGGUGUAAUUGUUCAUCACGAAGGCUUUUGUUCAAGUUCUAUGGCUCAUGGAAAGCCAUACCACAUUACACCUGAGUCGCGUGUGUUACAAUUUGCCUCUCCAGCAUUCGAUUCUUGCAUUAUCGAACAUAUCAGUACUUUGAUUCAUGGAGGCUGUGUCUGCAUUCCGUCAAUAGACGACUGUCACAGUAAUCUUGUCGAAUCUAUGAACCGCUUUGCAGUGACCGUCGCCUGCUUGACGCCCAGUGUCACCCGGAUUAUCAGUCCUGAAAAUGUCGACACUUUAAAGGUUUUAAUGUUUGUCGGAGAGGCAGUUCUGGCUAGCGACAUUGUUCGCUGGGAGCCUUUUGUACAGGUUGGAAAUGCAUACGGCCCAGCGGAAUGCUCGGCAGUGUUCAGUGUACAACCAAAUAUCAAGAGUAAUGACCCAGCGAACAUAGGAUUUAGUACAGGGGGAUCUGGGUGGGUUGUUCAUCCGGAUGAUCAUCGAGUGCUCAUGCCACUGGGAUGCACUGGAGAACUAUUGAUAGAAGGACCAAUUGUUGGCAAGGGUUAUCUAUCGCUGCCCGAGCAGACGGCUCGGGUCUUCGUUGAAGCACCCCCCUGGCGCCUGCAAUUUGGCUCUGUUCCAUACGAAAGAUUCUACAAAAGCGGAGAUUUGGUGCAGGCUACCGGUGCUGGCAGUUUUCGAUACUUCGGUCGGAAGGAUACUCAGGUCAAGCUACACGGACAGCGUCUGGAACUGGCGGAUGUUGAGUACCAUCUUUACAAAGCAUUUCCGGAAGCCCGCCAGACCCUUGCCGAUGUUCUCCGUUCGUCCUCUCAAAACGGUAUCAAUGAUCACCGUCCAGAGGCUAUUCUGAUGGCGUUUAUAUGUCUCCCUGCGUCCCCUCCAAAUGAAGACGGCCAUCAUCGAGCCGGGUUUCUUCCUCCAAAUGACGAUUUUCGUGAAGCUUGUGCUGCAGCAGAGGCCGACAUGUCUGAUGUUCUACCAUCCUUCAUGAUACCGAGGUUUUACCUACCUCUAUCUCAUGUAGCCCUAACGCCAUCUGGAAAAACCAAUCGACGUUACAUCCGAGAGCAGGCCAAUAAGCUAUCCUUGGAGGAGAUACAGGCUUAUCGGGCUGUGAAAAUGACGCCAGAGGCACCAUCAUCUUCUCGCGAGGAAAAGCUUCAACAGAUUUGGGCAAACACACUAAAUCGAACUGUUCAAGAAAUCGGGACUACAGAAAGCUUCUUUCGCCUGGGAGGGGACUCGGUCAGCGCCAUGCAAGUUGCGGCAGGUUGUCGUACAGUCGGACUCAAAGUAGCUGUUGCUGAUAUCUUUCGGUUUCCAACCAUCAGACAACUGGCGGAAAGGAUCAAAGAUUCUGGGUCCGUCUCUUUUGCCUCACCAGGGGAGGAUGAGCAGACGGAGGUGUGGUUUGAACUUUCUCCGAUCCAGAGACUUUUCUUUGAACGAGUGCCCAGUGGUCACAAUAAGUUUACUCUCGAGUUCAUUCUCCGGCUCAGAAAGCCCCUUCCGCCGCCUGAGAUUAAAAGAGCGAUUGAAAAGAUUGUCGCUACUCAUUCAAUGCUCCGUACCCGUUUUGAACAUCGAGACGAUGAUGAAUGGGGACAAAUUAUUGGUCCUGAUGUGUCUAGAAGCCUUCGAUUUAGAGAACAUCGGAUGCCAUCUAUAAAUGACCGCAAAGCCUUGCAGACAAUUUUGUCAACCAGCCAGAGCAAGCUUGAUAUCGUCCAGGGAGUGAUGAUUGUUGUUGACAUUAUCACUACAGACAUAGGGGAGCAGUUUAUGGGGUUGAUGGCCCAUCAUCUUGUGAUUGACCUAGUGUCAUGGCGUGUCAUUCUACAAGACCUUGAAGAUAUCCUCAGCACCGGCCGUACGGUACAACCUCUCUCCAUAUCAUUCCAACAAUGGUGCCGGCUGCAACAAAGCUAUGCCAGAGCGUCCCUCGCUCCCAGUGAAACUCUGAAGACAGAAAUUCCACGUCCAUCGAUGGAGUACUGGGGCCCGGAGGACAUCCUGAGUCAGAAUACUUGGGCAGAUGCAACGCGACAAACCAUCACAGUAUCAAAGGAAACAACGGACGCAAUAAUUGGUACUGCAAAUGGUGCACUACAAACCCAGCCAGUAGAAAUCAUUCAGGCAACCAUCCUUUACGCCUUUGUUCAGGCAUUCGACAAUCGAUCUGCACCCACCAUGUUCAGCGAAGGGCAUGGGAGAGAGCCAUGGGACGCAGAUAUCGACAUAUCCCGCACAGUUGGAUGGUUCACCACUAUCGCACCUUACUUUUUAGAUGUUAAGAAAGAGGACAGCGUCAGGAGGAUCUUGCAGUUGACAAAAAGCACCCGCCGCAGCAUGUCCACUAACGGAUGGGCAUACUUUGCGUCGCGAUUCCUCCACCCCGAUGGACCGAAACAAUUCCAGUGUCAUUCCCCAAUGGAGAUUCUUUUCAACUACACAGGUCUUUUCCAACAAUUUGAACGACCAGGUGCCCUUCUGCAGAUGACAUCAGUCCAAGACGAUUCCCUUCUCCCCAUGGCAGCUGAUUUGCCGCGCAUGGCACUCAUUGAUGUGAACGCAACCGUCAUGAAUGGAUCUCUCAACUUGUCCUUCAUCUAUAAUAAUCGAUUACAGCACCAAGACCGACUAGAUCAAUGGAUCGGCAAUUGCCUACAAACCCUCGAGGAACUCCCCAUGGAGCUGCAGCAGGAACAGCGACUCUCGACUGUCGACUUUCCGUUACUAUCACUUGCAAGCGAAGAGCAGCUUCACAGACUACUCCAUCAAGUCUCAGGUCGAUUUGAUGUGUCUUCGUCUGGCAUCCAGGAUAUGUUCCCUUGCUCUCCUAUACAACUUGGAAUGUGGUUGAGCCAGUUAAGAAACCCCCAAGUAUAUUGGUCGCAUAUACGUUGGUCUCUUUCCUCAACAUCCGCAAAUCAAAUUGACAUCAACGAGAUCAAGCAAGCAUGGCAGCAGGUUGUUGACCGUCAACCCAUCUUGCGCACUGUCUUUAUUGACGGCGUCACAGGGCACGGUCAUCCUGUCCAAGUCGUUCUGAGAACUUGUGAGGUAAGUAUCGAGACGUUGAUAGGAUCGGAAUUGCGUGCGGAAGGCCAGAUUCCGUCCCUUUCGGAUGAGUUCCUGUUAAAUCCGAAAUCGUCAAAUACCAAAGGUCGCCCACCCCAUCAUCUUACCGUCGCAAUUGAGCCUGAUGGUGGGGCCUACUGUCAGCUAGCUAUUCACCACAUUCUUGUUGAUGGUAUCACGGAGCAGAGACUAUUGUCAGAAUUUCACCAAGCAUGCAAUGGAAAACUAGACGCCGAGUCUGCGGGCUGCUAUAGCCGGUACCUGGAUUAUCUGCAAACUCGAGACUCCAAAGCCUCGGAAUCCUACUGGAAGGAGUACUUGGCUGAUAUUCAUCCAUGUAUCUUUCUAUAUAUUGGAUUGAAAGAUGAUGGGACCGCCUCAAGCUCUCUACAAUGCUUACCAUUCUCCAUGAGUAUUGGAGGAGAUCUCCGCUCAUUCUGCCAGCAUCAUGGUAUUACUAUUUCCAGUUUGCUGCAAGUCGCUUGGGGUAUAGUUCUUCGUGUAUACACAGGGAGCGAAUCUAUAUGUUUCGGGUAUUUGAAUGCUUGCCGUGAUAUUCCGGUGCAAGAUGCGCAUGACAUUUCUGGACCUUUGAUCAAUCUUCUGAUUUGUCGCCUAUACUUGUCUGAUGAAUCAUCUGUUCUGUCAACACUUGCUGGAAACCAUGCGGCCUAUGCCCAAAGCCUUGAUCACCAACAUUGCUCUUUGGCAAAGGUGAUGCAUUCUUUAAAUCUCUCUGGUCAACCUUUGUUCAAUACCGCAAUGUCAUUACAAAAAGAUGCCACAGGUCUGUUUUCAGAUCAGUUUGAAAGGAUUAGGUUGCAACCAGAAGAUGGAAUUGACUCAACUGAGUAUGAUUUGACAAUAAAUAUCACUUCGCGUGAAAAGACCAUCGAUGGUGAUUUAACUUACUGGACGCACGCGGUGACUGAAGCUCAGGCUGAAUUGGUGGCUGACACCUUCCAUCACAUCGUUCUGCAGCUUAUUGACCCCGCAACCAUCAAUCUUAGCAACAUCAAUCUGUCAACGGGAAGGAAUGAGAGGCAGAUGCUUCGCUUUAAUUGCAACCUACCACAAGCUGUACGAUCUUGUAUUCACACCGACAUACAACAAAUGGCGAGGGUGCAGCCAUCAUCCCCUGCAGUUGAUGCCUGGGAUGGCCAGUUCAAAUAUGAGACUCUCGAUUUCCUCUCAUCUCUGUUGGCCAAAGACCUGGCCCUACUUGGUGUCGGCCCCGAGGUAUUUGUACCAGUAUGCCGUGAAAGAUCGCGAUGGACAGUAAUCGCCAUGAUCGCCAUCAUGAAGACAGGUGGAGCAUUUAUCUUGCUUGACCCGUCGCAUCCAGCAGAGAGAUUGCAAGAAAUGGUGCACAUGGACUUCCAGUGCCCAAUUAUCAUCACCUCCUCGAAGUACCUCGAACUUGCAGCCAGUCUAGCGCCGAACCCCAUCGUCGUGGAAGAAUUAAGCAAAUCAUUGUACUCAGGAAUUCAGAAAGACAAUCUUCCGUCGGUGGCUAGUCCAAAUUCGUCUGCAUAUGCUGUUUUUACAUCUGGGUCAACUGGCAGGCCAAAGGCAAGCGUCAUCGAGCACCAGUCUUUCCUAUCAGCAUCGGCUGCACAUACCCAGGUACUUCGCCUUAAUAAAAAUGCCCGGGUCAUGCAAUUUGCCUCUUAUUCUUUUGAUGCUAGUAUUGUGGAAAUGCUCGACACUCUUUUGGUCGGUGGCUGUAUCUGCAUUCCCUCCGAUAAAGACCGAAACCAAAACCUUGGUCAUGCAAUCCGCGAGAUGCGAGUGAACUGGACGCUGCUGACCCCGUCUGUGGCACGCAUCCUAGACCCGCAAGAUGUUUCGAACUUAGAAACACUUGUGCUUGGUGGAGAAGGCAUGACUCGGGAAGAUGUUCGUCGCUGGUCACCGAAUGUCCGCCUGAUGAAUGCCUACGGUCCUUCGGAAUGCUCUGUCAUUGCCACGGCCCAGUCGUCAUCGCAAUAUCUUUUACAAGAUGAAUCAAACAUCGGACACCCUGCUGGCUGUGUCGCAUGGGUGGCAAAUCCAAACAUACCAGAGAAGCUCGUACCUGUGGGAGCUAUCGGAGAACUGCUCAUCGAGGGUCCUAUUGUCGGUCGCGGUUACGUUAAUCGUCCGAAGGCCAUGUCAGCGGCAUUCGUCCCAUAUCCCAUUUGGCUAUCCGAGCUCCGUGGUUCCCGAAAGGGAUUAUUGUACCGAACAGGAGACCUUGUGAGGCGUCUUGUGGAUGGUUCUAUACAACACAUCGGACGGAAAGAUCGUCAAGUCAAGUUGCGCGGGCAGCGUGUUGAACUUGCUGAAGUUGAGCAUCAUGUUCAACAGUGCUUCCCUAUCAAUGACCCUGAAGUCUUUGCAGAUUUGAUCGCACCAAAUGAUACCAAAAAUGCACACCUGGUAGCCUCAAUUGUUCAACCAGAAGACAGUGGCGAUAUUCAAACCUUCGAGGCAGCUGUGGAGCAAAUGCAAUCACAUCUUCUGGCACAUGUUCCUGCUUCUCUUAUUCCCUCUUCAUUCAUUCCUAUCUAUCAAAUACCACGAUUGGUGAAUGGAAAGAUUGACCGGGGAAAAGUGCGGGAUGCAGCAUCUGAAGCCCUACGAGUACAAAUUGGCCGAGAGGCAACAAGAUGCCACCUGCGACAGUUCAGAGAAUUGACAAGGGCGGAACGCGAAUUACAAAAUUGUUGGGCUGAAGUGCUGGCUCGCCCUGCAGAGACAAUCGGACCUGACGACAACUUCUUCCGCUUGGGUGGAGACUCGAUUGCAGCAAUGAGGCUUGCUGCUACUGCUUGCGAGCACAGCAUUCGACUGGGAGUAUCAGAAAUCUUCGUACAUCCUAAGCUUAGCGACCUUGCUCUUAAUUGCUCAAUUCCAGGGUCGAAGGAAUCGCGAAACUCCGAACCAAAAGAAUCGGACGAUUUCGUGCCUCCCUUUUCAAUGCUCCCGGGCAACCACAAGGAAGAAUUGAAAUCACAGGCAAUGGAACAAUGCGACCUCCCAAUGGAGCAAAUCGCAGACAUAUAUCCCUGUACUGCAUUGCAGGCCGGUAUGGUAGCUUUGACAGCCGAGCGUCCCGGGUCAUAUAUCGCAUACCAUCGAUUCCGUCUAGGGCCAAAUAUCAGCCUAGACUUAUUGAAAAAUUCUUGGGAGAUGGUAGCAAAGCACAACGGUAUCCUACGCACUCGAUUUAUUCAGUCAGAAUUUGGCUUCAUGCAGGUCCUGGUACAAGACAGCGAGCUUCACUGGAUCUGGCCGGGCAUGAAGGAAGAGAAAAAAUUACAAUGGAACGUUCUUCUCGGCCAGCCAUUGGUGCAGUUCGAAGUCAUCCCUUUGUCAAGCGAGCAUUCCAAUAUAGCUCAGCGACGUGACCUGGUUAUCACCAUUCAUCAUGCUCUGUAUGACUCUUGGUCACUACCUCUGCUUGUGCACCGUGCCCGAGAGGCCUACCAGGGUCAUGUAAUGGUAUCCGCCGACAACACUCCAUUCAAAGAAUUCAUUAAAUAUUCCAUGUCUCAACAAAAGGACGCGCUCGAACACUGGCGUCGUGAAUUCCAGGAACUUACCGCCGAGCCAUUCCCUGCACUCCCCUCCACAUCAUAUCGGCCUCAGGCUUCGAAGCAAACAGUACGAACGAUUGAGACCGGCCCAGUGAUGGAUGAAUGUGUUAGUCGAACCACCGCCAUUCGUUUCGCAUGGGCUCUUGUUCAGUCUCAAUACCAGAGUAAUGAUGAUGUAGUAUUUGGAAUUGUGUCCCCGGGCCGAACAGCAUUCGUCAAUGGCAUUGAAGCAAUGGCUGGUCCAACAAUUGCCACGCUUCCUUUGCGUGUGAAAAUCGAUGAUGAUGUGACCGUCUCACAGGCGCUUAGAAACUUGCAAGAGCGGACGGUACAGCUUAUUCCAUUCGAACAAGUUGGGCUACCUGAAAUUGCUGCCAUAGGACCGGAAGCCAAGCAGGCCUGUUCUUUUCAAAUCCUACUUGUGGAGGGGAGAGGGGAGGAUGAAAGCUUAGGCACUGGCAAAGAUCGUCUUAUGGAACCUAUGGGAACAUCAUCGGGGGAUGCUGCGUCAAACACCUACGCCGUCCAACUAGCCGUUAUCCUCAAGCCUGAUGAGGUAAUUGUUGCGGUUUCCAAUGAUGACCUUGUCAUUCCAACAGUGCAAGUGGAACGUAUGCUAGACCAGUUCAGUCACAUUUUGCAGCAGGUGCACCAGCACCCAGAAAACCCGGUGCACAAAAUUGCUACACUGAAUGACAAAGAUAUCCAGCAGCUGCAAGCCUGGAACACUGGGUUCCCGGAAAGAUGUCCGCUGUCGAUCACCGAGGUGAUCUCUCAGCAUUGUGAGAGGCAACCAUUGAAUUUUGCGGUCUCGUCUUCCAAAUUCAGCCUAUCCUACCAAGAACUAGACCUUCUUUCUAGCAAUAUCGCUGGUCUUUUGCAGUUGAAGGGAAUCUCAUCAGAAACGUUCGUUCCAAUAUACAUGGAUCGGUCAUGCUGGACUGUGGUAGCUGUGUUGUCAGUGCUGAAGGCAGGGGGAGCUUUCGUCCUCCUAGACACCUCACAUCCACAAGCGCAGCUUCGGCAUAUCUGCGAAGAAGUAAAGCCUUCUUUCAUACUCACGUUACCCGAGCAUCGUCAUAAAGCGGGGGCGUUGUUCCACGAUGUUGUGAUCAUGCCUAAGAGCAUCUCCGAGUGUGCACCGAUGCCAUAUCACAAGACACCCCGUUUAGGCGCAAAUCGUGCUCUUUAUACAGUAUUUACAUCUGGUUCAACCGGCAAGCCGAAGGGAGUCGUGAUUGAGGAUGGUUCCUUUAUGACAAUGACCAAACAAGUUUCUUGUCUUAUGGGAAUUAACCCAGGUGACCGCGUCCUGAACUUCUCUUCCUAUGCUUUCGAUGUAAGCAUUAUGGAAAUACUCGGUACAUUGAUUGCGGGUGCUUGCGUCUGCGUUCUAACGGAGUCUGAGCGCAGAGGGCGACUGACCGAGGCGUUGCAAGUGCUACAACCAUCUCAUGCCCACUUGACCCCCAGUGUGUUGCGCGCAAUGAUGCCGAGCGAGUUGGGAACACUGCAAACGAUCAUGCUCGGUGGAGAACCCCUUAGGUCUAGUGAUAUUAAGCAGUGGGCGCCACACACACGGAUCGUGCCCGUUUACGGUCCAGCAGAGUGCACUGUCGUGUUUACUGUACAGUCCCCAAUAGAUUCUAGCUUGCAGGGUGGGAAUAUCGGAAAACCGAUUGCAGGGGCCUGUUGGGUGGCCGAUCCACGAAAUCCUGAGCGAAUCACUCCCAUUGGGGCUGUGGGCGAGCUGCUUCUUCAAGGGCCACUAGUAGGUCGCGGAUAUCUGAACCGUCUGGACCAAACAGCUGGAAACUUCAUCUCAUCUCCAACAUGGAUGCGGCAAUUUGGCUCCACUAGUGAUCGAAAGGAAGACCGGGUGUAUCGAACAGGCGACCUUGUUCGUUAUGAAGAAGACGGAUCUCUCUCGUUUAUAGGACGAAACGACCUCCAGGUCAAGUUACGAGGUCAGCGCUUUGAGCUUGCAGAAGUUGAGAAUCGACUACAGGAGGUUUGGCCCGAAGUUCUGACCGACAUCGUGGCUGAGAUUGUGACUCCGAUGGCUUCGAUGAAUUCCAAAUGCCUGGUUGUCUUUGUCUCUUCAAAAGAGGCUGAGAUGUCUCCACUGGUAUCCCGCUCAGCGAUCCCUUCCUUAGAUAUUGUUGCCCCGACCGACUUUGCGAUCCAGAUAUCAACUGUCAAACGCCAACUCGGUGAUAUCCUCCCAGAUUACAUGUUACCUUCUGCGUUCGUGCCGCUGCGACGGAUACCUCACACGCCUAGUGGCAAAGUUGAUCGAAAGCGGUUAAGAGACUCGGGAGCGAGCGCAACGCGAGUGCAGCUGGAAUCAUUGUUCGCUGAAGCCCCUUCAGAUAAGCGAGUGCCCGCCACGGGGACGGAGCGGCAUUUGCAGCAAAUCUGGGCACAAGUACUCAAUAUUGCAGCUGACGAGAUUGGUGCUGAGGACAGCUUCUUCCAUUUGGGAGGUGAUUCCAUCUCGGCUCUGAAAGUUGCCUCGAGGGCUCGGGCAGCUGGGAUUCAGCAUUCAGUGGAGAGUUUGUUUCAGUGGAAAACAAUAAUGCGCCUUGCCAAACAGGCCACCAUCGUGAACUCCGCCGAUGCCAUAGAUGGCAUAGUGACUGCAGAUUUUUCCUCGUGGUCCUAUAUACCCUACUCCCUGGUUACGGAUCACGAACGUGCAGAAACUUUUGCUUCCCAAUUCGUACAGAAACAUUUGAUGGUCAAAGAGAACGUGGAAGAUAUCAUCCCGGCGCUCCCAUUCCAAGUCUUCUACAUAACCCACGCAUCACCGGUCUCGAUGGCACAAAUAUUUCCGGUGACCCUAGAUAUCAAUAAACUGAAGAUUGCGUGCAGGAAGGUUGUGGCUCACCACAGCAUCUUACGCACGAUCUUUUUAAAGACCAACCACCGUUUCCUCCAGGUUAUCCUUCGGGAAGUUGAGCCUGUUCUGCAUUUUGUUCAACAUGAUGAUCCACGGGCUUAUGUUGCUCGAGAAUCCGAACAGAAGGUUCAACCCUCUACAUCCCAGGGUACGCUUCCAACCAGCUUUACCCUCAUCACAAGCCCUAUUGAGCAGUGUUCUGCAUUGAUUCUUCGCAUAUCCCAUGCGCAGUAUGAUGGAGCCUCUAUACCAUUACUAUGGAAGGCAAUCACAAAAGCCUAUCAUGAUGAGCCUCUUCCACAAGCUGUGCAAUUCAAGGAUGUUGCCUAUAAGCGGAUGGGCCAUCUGAACAAACCCGAGACUUUAUUCUGGCGACAAUACCUUCAAGGUGCUCCGUCUGCUGCUCUCGAUCCCCUUCGCCAAAUUGGAAAGGCACGGAUUUCGGACAAUGACAUAGUCGAAAAGCACUACACAGCGAUUCCCUCCCUUCCAUCCGACAUUACCAUGUCAACACUCAUGAAAGCAGCGUUCUCAUGGAUCCUGUUUGAGAAAACCUCGCAAUCUGAUAUUAUCUUAGGUCAGGUUGUUCACGGACGUGGAAGCUCCCUUUUGGACGCGAAUACAGCCAUUGGGCCCUGCUUAAAUCACCUGCCUGUUAGGAUCAGGGUUGAACCGAACUGGACGGUGAAGGAUUUUUUGCAUCAUGUUCAGGUACAGCAACUAGAAAUCACUGCACAUGACGAGGCAUCGUUCGAUGCUAUCGCGGAAUCCUGCACAGAGUGGCACCCUGGAUCGAAAAUGGCUUGUCUUGUUCAUCACCAGAGCAAAGAAGCGACAAAGCCCUUCGAAAUGGGCGGUGUUCUUUCGUCGUCUGGUUGUGAUUGGGCCAGCUCCAAGUUGGCACACGGUCAGCUGGGUAUCAUUUCCGUGGAACACGAAUCCCAGCUUGAGCUUAUGAUUACAGCUACUGAGGAGACCAUGGAUCAACGUGGCGUUCAGCUUUUGUUAGAGAAGCUGAUUGCCACCAUUCAGUUGUUCUCAAACUUUACGCAGUGCCGUUUGGCAAGGCUGCCAAGUAAGAUCCACACUUGCAGACCUUGUCUUACAUCUGAAGAGUGA